GUGUGUGUGUGAGGAUUGUCAACAUGAAGCAGUGGUGGGCUCUGCUCACCGUUGUUCACCUGUCCGUCCACCUGGCAGCGUCGCAGCACCACAGGAAAGCGCUGUUUCCAUCUGCGUUGAGGAUAAAGCGCGGCACGUACUCGCUGGUCAACCCCACGUUUCAGCGCUCGCUGGAGGACGUCGACCUGCUCUUUGAGAUUCUGCUGGCUGGAAUGCAGAUCGACGGCGAGGACCACACCAUGCUGAUCCCAGAUGGGGAGCUGGCGUCGCUGAGGAGCGUCGAGAGGCUGGACGUCAUCUGCGAGGACGUCCUGCCCAAAUCGCUCUCCGACAUCCGCCGCCUGAUGGCGGAGCUCGGGCGGCGCCGGCGGCCUCUGGGCUGGCAGGACUUCGAGAGGACGGUACUGACCCUGGUCCACGCCGCGCAGACGCUGGCUCGCGUCAGCAGCCUGCAGCAGAGGGAGGCGUGGACGGACGCGGUGACGCAGCUGUUCAGGGCCAUCCAGAAAGACCUCACACCUUCAUGAGGAGGAACAGAAGAUGUACAAACGUUCGUGCCCAUGUGUAUAAUUAUAUAGAGCUUAUUUUUAACCAUUUUUGAGCCUUUUUUCCACUCUUAUAUGAAUAUAUAUAUAUAUAUAUAUAGAUAUAUACUACCUGUAUACAUUAUGUAUUAUUAUGGUACUUGCUAACAUACUAACAGAAACCACAAGAUUUACGUUAAAAUACAUUACAAUGAGAGAAUGCUGAAGAGCAUCUCUGAAUGUUCAACAUGUCGUGUACCUAAUAAAGUGACUAUAUCCUUGUAAACGCAGCAUGGCAGUUUCAUGUCUGCGGUCGACGCA